AAUUGCUGCAAUGAGGACAAACCUAUAAAAGUAGGAAGAGGGAGACAGACAGACCCAGAUUUACUGGCAGCAGAGACAGUACUGAGAGAAUCACCAGACCACCAUGGAAAUAACACAACUUUUAUCUUUUUCAGUUCUCGUCUUUUUAAGCAUUCAGACUGUAAAUUGCCUGCAAUGUUAUACCUGCAACGACGCCAAAUGUGAGAUGUCUAAGCCAGUAAAUUGCCCUGAAACCUCUGGAGCUGUAUGCCAAUCUAUUUCUUUCAAGAUGGAUUAUGGUAAUCGUGUACUUAAAGGUUGUUCUUCACGGGACGUGUGUAACGUGAAACCUCCUAAUGUACCCCAGGAUGCUGUCAUAAACUGCUGUGAGAAAGAUCUCUGCAACUCCGCCAUUACCACUAAGAUGUCCCUGCUCCUUGCCGGCUUCUUGGUCCUGAUGUCUCUGUGUGUCUCCAGGUUUUGAUCGGGUCCUUGACGCUCUGCUGAGACCAACGACAUGGCUUGAGCAGCUUAUACUAUGCACGGCCUCUCGCUUACCGAGGGCACAUAUAUCAGCCAUUUAUAUUUGUAUCAUGGACGCCUAUGCUUAUGCAAUAAAGAAACUUCUAUUUGA